AUGCAGCAACAAGUUGUCGCAAGUUGUAUUCUGGGUUCAGCUUUUGCGGCCAGUGCUCAAACUCCCUUGGUCGCCAGUGUAAGCGGACCGACCGCAGAGAUUCGGUUGCUGCAACCCUCGCGCCGGAUCCUGAGCGUCUCUGCCGCUGCAGCAGUGGGAGAAGCCAUACAAACUAUACAGAUUGACAGCAGCCAUAGGAGCCAAGCAACGAGGCAAGCUGCUUCCGAGUUAGCUUCGCAGCUGACGGCCAGGCCAAACGGAAGAAUCGCUGAAACGAAGGGAUGGAUUGACCUUGUCCUUCUGUCUUACUUCUGCGGCGGCGCGCUCUCGAUUGCUCGCGCCAUUGUGCUUCUUGCACAGUUUGCGACAUUGGGCUUUCGCUGGCAGCCGUUCGUCAUCCCCGCUGCCGCUGGUUUCGCAUUCAUCCCCUUGGGCUGGGCAGGAUACUUGGUCUUCAGCGGGCGUGGAACUUGCAGUUAUGCGAAUUCUGCCUUGAACUUCAUCAUCCCAGUCAGCGAUCUACCUGCUUGUGGUGGACGAAGUUACAAUUUCCCUGAAUUUCUGGUCGAGCUCGUGACGCUGUCCGCACUCUUCUCCUCGAUAUACGUCGUUUUCUUGAGCAGGUACUUCAAAGCUCAGUUUGCGUGGUACAGCGAGCCGAAUGCUUCAUGGCUACUGCUCGGAUGUAAGUUGCUACGCAUCCUUGGAGUAUCGGCCAUGAUUGGCUUGGUCGGUGUGGCCUGGAUACCAACGCAUUUCUACAAGCUGAUCCAUCGCACAGCCGCUUACGUUUUCUUUCUGGCGAGCAUUUGGAUGCUCUUCCUUUACGGACUGCUGGUAGCCAGCUUGCCAGACAACUGCCGGCGGCCUUUCCUGCUACCGGCAGCAGUAGGCACCAUGCUGUGGAUUCUUAUGACCAUCUACGGCGUCCAAUUCACUUUCAACUUCUGUGACAAGAUCUGUGGGGGUGGAGAUUUCAGCCAGGAGCCACGUAGUCUGCAGUUGCAGAGAGAAGAGCUGUUCCUGUAUGAGAAGUACCGCGCCUCGCUGCAAGCAAACAGUUUCAUCGUGCCCUGCAGUCGCUUGAGCCAGCUGACCUACUCCGAAACGGGAGAAGCAUAA